AUGUCGCCAUCCGAUUCCAUGGACCAGGAGAAGGCUCCCGUGACUGCCACGGCUGCCGAGUAUGCCAUUGUGCAUGAUGUCGCCGAGAGAGGUCACAAUGCCACCGAUCAAUAUGGCCAUGCGCUGGUGCAGUUCGACCCCAAGGCAGAGGCCAAGCUGCGGAGGAAGAUUGACUUCAUGAUCGUGCCCACCGUGGCCCUGCUGUACCUGUUCUGCUUCAUCGGCGGAGCCAACAUCGGAAACGCCCGCCUAGCCGGCCUCGAAAAGGACCUCCACCUCAAAGGCUACGACUACAACGCCGUUCUCUCCGUCUUCUACAUCAGCUACAUCAUCUUCGAGAUCCCCGCCAACAUCUUCUGCAAGUGGAUUGGCCCGGGCUGGUUCAUUCCGUCUACCUCCCUCGGCUUCGGCGUCCUCUCUGUGGCUUGCGCUUUCGUCAAGGAUAAAGCCCAGGUCUCUGGUGUGAGGUUUCUGCUUGGGCUCUUUGAGGCGGGAAUGCUUCCGGGUAUUGCUUACUAUAUGUCAAGAUGGUACCGCCGCAGCGAGCUCGCCUUCCGCCUCUCCCUCUACAUCGUCAUGGCCCCCCUCGCAGGCGCAUUCGGUGGCCUCCUCGCUUCCGGCAUCCUCUCCCUCGACAGCUUCGGUUCUUUAACCACCUGGCGAAUGAUCUUCGGCAUCGAAGGCGUCAUCACCAUCGGCCUCUCCCUCAUCGCCUUCAUCACCCUCACCGACCGCCCCGAAACCGCCCGCUGGCUCACCCCCGCAGAGAAAGAACUCGCCAUCGCCCGCGUCAAGUCCGAACGAGUCGGCACGACCAUUGUCCUCGACAAGAUCGACAACAAGAAACUCAUCCUCGGCAUCUUCAACCCCGUCACCCUGGCCACCGCCUUCAUCUUCCUCCUCGACAACAUCACCGUCCAAGGCCUCGCCUUCUUCGCCCCGACCAUCGUCAAGACAAUCUACCCCAAGCAAUCCGUCGUCCACCAACAACUCCGCACCGUGCCACCGUACAUCGUCGGCGCCGUCGCCACCGUCCUCAUCCCAUACCUCUCCACCAAAACCGACAAACGCACCAUCUACUUCAUCGCCUCCGCCCCGCUGAUGAUGGUCGGCUACAUCAUGUUCCUCGCCACCGCCGACGCCUCCACCCGGUACGGAGCGACCUUCAUCAUCGCAGUAGGGGCCUUCUCCUACGGCGCCCUCUGCAACGCCCAAGUCUCCGCCAACGUCGUCUCCGACACGGCGCGGUCCUCAGCAAUCGGCACGAACGUCAUGCUGGGCAAUAUCGGCGGACUCAUCAGCACGUGGUCGUUCCUCCCCACCGACGCCCCCAACUAUCCCAUCGGCAAUGGAUUGAACCUGGCGACGAGCAGCACGAUUCUGAUUGUGGGCAUCUUGCUCCUCGUGUGGAUGAAGUGGGACAAUCGCAAGAGGGAGGGUAAGGAUGUGGAUGCGGAGUUGGCUGGGCUUGAGCAGAGGCAGGUGGAGGAUCUGGAUUGGAAGCAUCCGGCUUUUAGGUGGAGGCCGUAA